CCACAUUGUCUUCGUGCAAAUCUAAAAGUCCCUAAUGGCACUUAGGCUAAACAGACAAUUGACUAGAGAUGAAGUACAAAUACCCUUAAUAAACCCAAGCAAUUUUAUAGUUUGAAUGAACUUAUAGUCUUUUAGAUAAAAACAUUUCACCUUGGAGGAGGAGGGAUCAUGGACUUUGGAUGUCUUGUACAAAAACAAAUAACACACUUCAUGCUGACUUGCUCGAUGCAUGAACAAAGUUCAGCCUGGCUGAAAGCUCCAAAUCAGCUCUAAAAAAAAAAAUCCUGUACGCACUGCAGUUCAUUUCAAAGAUACACAUAUUGUAUGUUAGGUCUACAUCAUACAUGCCUUGAUUGGAUUAUUAUUGUGCAUAUUCAUCUGUUAUUGAAAUUCAUGUAAAAUGUAGGCCUGUUUUGUAGUUGCAAAUGGCCCAACUUCCUCAUGGACAUGCUUACAUCAUGCCGAGGGGGGAUGAGGAGAGAGAGCGGGAAGCUCGGGCUGCCGCUCAACUGAUAUACAGCAAUGCCUCCAACGAUUCUCCUAUCAUCCGAUCACCCACGCAGGCCAAUGGAACUCACCCACCAAUCUCGGAGAAUCAGUUACCCUCAGUGCAAACCAGCUUCUCUGCAGUUCGCAGGGUCUUCUGCCUACUUGCGACCUUUGACCUGUUGCUGACAGCUGUUCUGUGGUUUAUAUUCAUCCAGCUUGUUGGUCUUGGGGUGAAAGAUGGCUUUUCCUGUCAAAUCCAGAAGUAUGACUUCCACUAUUCGUUGUUUGACAUUGUUGCCAUGGCCUUCUUCCGUUUUGCUGUUCUCCUCCUUGCGUAUGCCCUCUUCAAGAGCAAGCACUGGAUCUUUGCUGCAAUAACAACAACUGCUACCACUGGAUUAAUAGUGGCCAAGAUUUUCCUGUACUCAUUAACGGACACGACCGGUUUUCCCUCGGGUUGUGCUCCAAAGACAUCGUCUAAUUCAUCGUCUAAUACAUUCAUGGCUAUUGUAAUGCUGCUCACUAGCCUGCUAUUAGCCUGGCUUGAGCUAUGGGUCUUGGACUUCCAAGUUAUACCGAAGGAAAAGAAACUAUUAGAGGAAGCCUUGAUGGCGCACUCUUUAGAGACGGAUGAAAGGCGCCCUCUGUUGGAUAACUCCAUCGACAGAAGGUAUGAUCUUCCAGGAGGACAGGCCUUCUACUCACCCUAUGAUUCACCCAGAGGUUCCGAUACAGAGUCUAUAACAAGUGAGCUAUCAGGUUCCAGUUUUAAAUCAUCAAGAACAGCAGACUUUCAGUCUCUACCAAACAGUCAACGGGGAAGUACUAUAGAUCUAGCAGCAUCAGUUGAUGAGCAAGAAUACAUCCAGAAGGCCAAGGAUGCGCUGGUCCAACUGCAAGGUAUCCUUGACAACACAGAGAUAUGGAAGAAAGAGUGCAGUGAAGGAGAUGCAACAGUUUACUGUGGAACCUACCCAGGGAUAACUCAGAGAUUAUACAAGUUAGAUGCAAUUCUUCCUGUAUUACCGGAAGUAAUAGUUGAAGUAAUAUGGGAUAACAUUGACGAAUCAGCAUCAUGGAAUUCAGCGUUAUUAGAAGCUAAGCGAGUCCAAGACAUCAACCCGUUUGUUGACAUCCUAUACAGCGUAUCAGCCCCUGGAGGCAAAGGUGUAUUCAGCAGCAGGGACUUUGUAACAGUACGGUUGUGUGAGCAGCGAGGCGAUCGUUACGUGUCUAGCGCCAUAGCUGUAAAGCAUCCGGACAAACCACCGGUACCGCAGCAUGUCAGGGGUGAGAUCGGAGUAAGCGGAUGGGUGGUAGAACCUGCACAGGAUAGGCCGGGCCACUGCAGAUAUAUCUGGAUAAUCAACUCGGAUAUAAAACUAAAGGUUUGGACACCACAGACUGUCAUGGAUCCAGUGAUGGGCGGAGUUAUUAUUAGUUCUUACCGGGAUCUCCUCAACCACCUGACGCAGCAACGAGGCACUGCCUCGUCAUGACGACGGUGAGACGGAGCACAAGCGUGUUAUAAUGUCACCUGGAUGCCAGCCAAUGACCAAAUCGGACGUCAGUACUCUUGGAUGAAUGAAGAUCCUUUCUCCCCUAUUUUUGUUAUGUAAUGGUUACUGUAGACAUGUUUCAUUUGUCACAAUGUGAAUAUUCUUUGGAGGGAGGGGAGUUUGAUAAGUGAGCACAUUAUGAUGUGUUCAUGGCAUGUGCACUUUGGUUAAGUUGUAAACAGAGUACUAUUGAACAGAGCUACAUGUAGUAAUAUUCAAA